UCAUUCUGUACCAAACUACUGGAGGCAAUCAAAAAGUGACGCAAUAUCAACAAUUAGGGAAUCUCAAACAUUCUUAUUACACACUUCAAUCGCCGUGAGAAAAGACGGAUUAAAAAGGACAAAACAUGGCUUCAGAACAGUAUGAUGCGGUGCCAAUGGACAUGAAAGACAGAUCUCAGAACUCGAGCGAAUCGUCUGACCAGGAAAAAGAUGAAACGGUUAACUUAAAACAAAAAAUCACGUUAUUAAACGGCGUCACGGUAAUAGUUGGCAGCAUAAUAGGUUCCGGUAUAUUUGUGAGUCCCAAAGGAGUUCUACAGGACGCUGGCAGUGUUGGACUUUCACUGAUCAUAUGGGUGUUAUGUGGACUCUUUUCAAUGGUAGGGGCUUACUGUUAUUCAGAAUUAGGUACCUCAAUUCGUAGAUCAGGAGCUGAUUAUGCGUACAUGUAUGAAGCAUUUGGACCUGUUGUGGCAUUUUUAAGACUUUGGAUUGAAUGUAUGAUUGUGAGACCAUGCUCUCAGGCAAUAGUGGCACUCACUUUUGCGUAUUAUGUCAUUGAGCCUCUGUUUCCUGAUUGUGAGCAGCCCUUAAUUGCCGUUCGAUUAUUAGCAGCAGUUUGCAUAUUAAUUUUGAUGUUUGUCAAUUGUAUGAGCGUGCGUUGGGCCACUCGGGUACAAGAUGUGUUCACAUAUGCCAAAGUUCUUGCCCUGAUUCUCAUUAUUCUCACUGGAUUUGUACAGCUUGGAAGAGGAGAAGUGGAGUAUUUCCAGAACCCCUGGGAACACACUCAGACUGACAUUACGAAGAUCGCACUGUCAUUCUACUCAGGACUGUUCGCCUACAAUGGCUGGAACUAUCUGAACUUUGUGAUUGAAGAACUGAAGGAGCCUAAAAAGAACCUUCCCAAAGCUAUCUGGAUUUCCAUCAUCCUAGUAACGGUUGUAUAUGUCCUGUCCAAUGUAGCAUAUCUGACCACCGUCAGUCGUGAGGAGACCCUUAGCGGUGCUGCUGUUGCCGUGAUGUUUUCUAGACGGCUCUAUGGUGUUAUGUGGUGGGUGAUGCCAGUAUUUGUGUCACUCUCAACCUUUGGAGGUGUGAAUGGUAUCCUUUUCACUACUGCCAGACUCUUUUAUGUCGGAGGUCGAGAAGGUCACAUGCCACAGAUUCUCAGUAUGGUCCAGAUCCAGAGACUUACGCCCAUGCCAGCUGUCAUCUUCAUGGGCUUGACCUCAUUGCUAUACUUGGUGUCUGCUGAUAUGUUUGCCCUCAUCAAGUACGUCAGCUUUGUGAACUGGAUGUCCAUCGGACUGUCUGUCGUGGUUCUCCUUUAUUUUCGUAAAACAAGGCCCAACAUGGAAAGGCCAAUAAAGGUCCAUUUAUUCUGGCCAAUCCUGUAUGUUACUGUCACUUUCUUUCUGGUACUUCUACCGAUCAUUGCCAGUCCUGUAGAAACUGGUUUUGGGAUGGCCAUCAUUGCCAGUGGUAUACCUGUAUAUAUCAUAUUUGUUUACUGGGAAAACAAACCAAAGGGAUUCUAUGAAUUCCUAGACAAAGCAACCCUUGCCCUACAAAAGUUCUUCAUUGUCAUACCUGAGGAAACAGCCUCAAAGGAAGAGUAGAUAUUUGCUUGGAGAAAUAAUACCAUCAACAGUCCUCAUUUGUAUUAAAACUUCAUGGAGUCUCACUGUGCAACCUCAACGGUUAUUUGAGUUGCCAAGAAAUAGAAUGGAAUUUCUUCACAUUGCUGGGCCAACUGUGAUUGACAAACUGAAUCAUUAAGGGAGCAACAACACCACUAUUGGUGGUUUAUCGACAUUUGAAAACAAAUGGAUAUUUUCCAGAAAAAAAAAGAAAACAAUGGGCCAUUCCCAACAGAUGGCAUGGUAAAUUUCUCAAUUUUAAUGGGACAAUUUAGAAUAGUAGGUGCCAUUUUUCAAGGAACUCAUAUGAACGUUCAUCAUGACAUUCUAUGUGUAAGUAUAGAAAACAUUAUAUGUUGGGUUUUAUGAUCUUUUUUGUCUUUGGGUAAGGGAUGUUCAUGUCAAUGUGAUCAGUUGCAUUAUUUAAAGUAUUAGUGAUGUAUCUAUAGAUGAAGUAAGAUUUGUUUGAAAUUUGGGAUUUUUUGCAUCUUUCGUCUUUCUACGUGCAAAAUGAUAUCUUUCUUGCUACUUCAGAUGAAAAGUAUGAAAACUGUGUGUGACAGAGAUUUUCUCUCAUCGUCAAGUUCAUGCUCAACUGACUAAAGGUGGAAAUUUAGAAAUUGAUUCCAUCCACCCAUUCUUUGAGGUAGAAACUUCAUGUUGUCAGAAAUUCCAUUAGCUGUCAAAAUGGUUUUCUUUAUGAAAACAACAUCAGAUGUACAAAAACUUGCAACAGCUGACCAUAAAUUUUCAAAAAAUAGAGUCCAAACAGACAAUCUGUCUCACCAAAUAAAUCACUUUGUUGUUUGUCUUUUUCCUGAGUGAUAGUCCAACCCAAUUCACCUAGGUCCAUAUUUAUCAUAUUAAAUCCUGACAUUUGAGUUCUAACUAUUGGUCAACCAAAGCUGGAAAAAAAAUACAUUGCUUAAAGUAUUCUCAGUUCUAGUUUCACAGCUAAAGAGAGUAGGCAAGAAAAUUCAUACUUUAACAGAUGGCCCAGGGGAGGUAACUCUACAUCAUAAAACUAAAUUGUAUUUUCUUGUGAACCGAGUUCUCACGUCUUUCUGAAACUGAAUUUAUAACUACAAAGAAGAGUUUUUAUUCACAAAUGAUUUAAGGGUAGUUUGGCUUGUUAUAGAUAUGUGUAGACAUUUGUUGUACACAACACUGAGCUAUUAAUACAAAUGUGAACUGCUUCAUUCAAGAUGGGUUUUUUCAGUCUUUCACUUCUUCAUUUCUCAAAAAUUAACUAACUGUUAUUAAUUUUUUCGAGAGUUUUAACUGAUUGAUCAUGCAAUAUGUUGACAUAUCAAGUUUCAUCUUUUUGAAUAAACAUCAGUCCUUAUACCUUCAGUUUAUAGAAAAAUAUGAAGGAAAAGAAAUGUAGGCCUUGAUUUCUAUUUGCCUUUAUGAGUUGUGUAUCUUAUUUGUGCUGAUGAAAUCUCCAUUCAUCCACCGCCAUGAACUUUGCUAUUGUAAAAGGAGUGGGUCGGUGUCACUUGUACAUGUGUCUCGGUCACUCUGGCUGGAAAGGCUUCUUCAGCAUAAUGUUGUCACAUAAAGACACUUUCCUUCUGAGCUUUUAACAGGGAUCAAACCUUAGACUCUGGCGUGAUAAUCCAUAUGACUAGCAAUUGAAGCAAGGAAGGAUACUCGGGCAGCUGAAUGAAAUAGAUGGUUUUUAAAACUAGAUUAUUGUUAUCAGAUACAAUGACCCACUCCUUUUUGGAUUGUCACUGGCAGGGAAAGUUCACUGUGCUUGUUAUGGUGUGUAUAACCUAAAUAAGUGGGAAUAUCCCAUCCAUGUUACCACCUGUUAAUUUUUCUUAAACGGUGAAGAGAAAAGGAAAUAUUUAAGAGAUAUGUUUAAAUUUAUGUAUUGUCUAUAUCUUCCUAGACUUGUUUUGUAUUUGUUUUUUUAAACCAUAAACAUCUGUUACAUUUCUUUAACCACUUCUUCUUAACCAGACAAUUAUACAGUAUAUAGCUGCUAGCGGAAACAGCUCCUUUUUAUCGAAUGAUUUUCAUGAUAGACACCUGAAAGAUUGUUGGGUAUAGAAAUUAUAUUGAGUAAAAUCACUUGGUGUGCAUUUCUAGUUGUUAAGAACAAGCUUAGUAUAAUGUAUUAACAUUAGACAAAGUUUAAUUACCAUUUGAUAAAGGUAAGCACAUCUGAUGUUUUUACAAAUUGACGGGAAAAUAGCUAAUAAAUCUGAAUGAAACAUCAAUGGAUAUUCUCUGUUAAAUAAGUCUAGAUGAUGUAACUUCAUACCAUUUAAUUCAAACAUUCAUACCAUUGGAUUGAACUUAAAUAUUGCUGAGUUUAGUCUCAAACUAUGUAUUCAUAAGUGUAUUGAUUUUUUAGUUACUGAAUGGAGGCUGAAUGUGCUGUCGUCAAGAGAGUGAUUAAGCUUGUAGUAUGAGUAGGCCUUAGGAUGAGGUGGUCUAUUUGUGGAUAGUUUGUAUUUAUCAAUUGUAAAUGAAUAUAGAGGCUCAGGUUGGUGUGAAUGUAAUUGAAUUAUGUUAAGCACAGUGGUUAUGUUAAAAUUAUAUUUUCAAAUACAUAAUAUGUAUUUAUGUAAAUGACUAUACACAUAUAUUUGAAUAUCUACUUUGAUAUUUGGCUAUAAUUUAUUAUGUUGUACUCCUGACCUGCAGAUCGUUAAAACAUGUCUCAUUUUAUUGCUCCUUCUCAUGCUCAGAUGUGAUUUCCUAGAAUCAUAUGUCACCUGUGGACAUUUUGACCUUUUUAUUUCAGAAAUGUGAUAUUUUUGUUAAUGUAUCGUACACAGUGUACACAGUGUACACAGUGCUUGUACUACUAUGAUAUAUUAUACAAGUAUUGAAGAUCUGAUAGAUAUACACACACAACACAGUAUUACGCCAUAUUAAGUGUUUAUACCUAGCCUUACAGUUUGAUAAUUUACCAUAUCUAUAGAUUUUACCUCAUGGAUGGGUCCCUGAUCAUAGUAAUAUGUAAGGUUUGUAAAUCUCAUCUUAUUUAUCACAAAUAUUCGUAUCUGUAAUAGCCUGACUAUUUUAUUCCAAAUUCUUUCUUUAGAAGUUAGGUAUUUGGGUAAUCCACUGCCUUUUGUUUUUCUCAACUGCUGUUGUGUAUUUAGGUACAGAUAGUGUAUAAGCAAUAGGGUCUUUCCAUUAUAGGUAUGUAGCAAAAUACAAUACUUUACAGACACUGUAAUUACAUAUGAAAGAUAGUUUUAGAAGAUUAGUUUUACAUUUUAAAAUCAAUUCUACAUUGUAGAAAUUCAUUUUAGAAAUGUAUGUGUCUGGAGGUCAAGGGGGCAGAUGCGUUGUUUUCUUUUUAUCAUGUUAUAUGGAGCUAGAUCGAGAAUGAAACGUAUUCAGACAUUGUUAUCACAGUCAUUCAUAUCUCAGUACAGUCCUAGGGUGUCUGGCACAGAAAAAGCCUAUUGCAUUUUGACACAAAUACAUAUAUGAUUUUUAUAGACAUAUUCAUCAUCAAAGGCUAAAACUGUAAAUCCACACAUGAUAUUGAUAUUAUAUUCAAAUGUUUUGAUUAAUUAUUCAUUAAAAAUAUAAUUUUGUGACAAAUAAGAAUCUCUGUGGGCACUACACAUCUGUUGAGGUCAUUUUGAAUAUAAAAUAUGACUCAUCAUUUAAAAAACAUAAUAAUAUGUUGGAAUGAAGAUAGGCAGAACAUAGUCUUAUAAUACAUAUAGUUGAGUGUUACCAUUUCAUUUGUCACUAUUCAAAAUAUUAAUGAAGCAUUGGAUUUAUCAUGAUUUAUUUCAUAAUACAGUAGUUUGUAAUAAUUCCAGAAAGUUCUUGAAAUUCUAAAAAUGAUGAUAGUGGUUAUACUUUUUAUGUAAUUAAGGUUAAGCACAUUAGUGUAGUAUACCAUAUUUGUCCAGCCCAACAAGACUGAACAUCACUUCAAAUUCAAAGUAGAGGAUAGGGUCAUUACAGGAUCCUACAGACUUAUGUACGGGCUUAUUAGAGGACAGUGAUAUAUCAUCUGUUGUAAUUUUACUGAAAAUCCUAUAGAUGGGCAAUACAGGACAGUGAUAUAUCAUCUGUUGUAAUUUUACUGAAAAUCCUAUAGAUGGGCAAUACAGGGUAGUGAUGUAUCAUGUAAGUAAGCUUACAGAAACUCCUACAUACUGGGAUAUUACCUGGCAUGGACUUAUCGUCAAAUAAAUAUAAUAAGAUAAGAAUGCCAACAGGUAAUUGUUUUUUACCAGUUUAUGAGGUCUUCUCAAUAAUUUUAAUACUGCUAUUCAUUUUUGUUUUAUUCUUUCCUGAUUUUUUGGCCAUUUUUUAUUUCUUUUAUAUAAAAAGUAAAUCCAAUGGAAGAAUUUGAUAGAGAUCUGGAAUCACUGUGGGUUAUCCACAUAUCUAUGUAAUAUGUUUUAUAGCUAAACAGUAGCUACUCCUUGGUAUUUCUGAUAUGUUUAUAACUCUGUUGGAUGUAUCGCCCUCUUGCUUCAUCAUAAAUGUCUAAAAUCGUUAAAGUAUGUAUACAAUGUAUUUACAUUGUUUGUAUAAACCAAUGAAAUCCAAUUAGGAAAUCUUGUUUAAUUAAAAGUAGUUAAGGAAUUUUGUUGAUUGGUUUUCAGUCACAUUCAGAUUUUCAGUAUUUUUAUUUGAUAUCAUAUAAUUAUAUAUACAUUGGUAUAUAAAUAUAUAUUUUUACAAAGGUUUUAAAAUGCUUUUAACCACUUUGAGUAAUAUUCUAUUUGUUUUUCUAAUAAAUCAUGAAAAAAGGUAUCUUUCCUGAUAUCAGAUGAGAAGUUUGGGAUUUUUGAUCAUUGAAAAAAAUCCCAGACUUUUUGGGGAUGGGGAGAGUUUUGCAUCUCAGGUGCUCAGAAGGCAUUCCUACACAUAUAUACCCUUGUGAGUGUUUUUGGUGGUAAUAGGGAGUGAGAGAGCAUAAUUCUUACAUUUAAUUUGUGUCUGAUAUACACAAAUUCAUGGAUGUUCUUAUAUAAAUUUGAUCUUUAUAAAGAAGAUACAUAUAUAUGUAAUGUCCUGUUUUGAACAGUUUCUACGAAACUCGUGCUUCUUACAAACUUAGUGUGCUUUCCUAGUGUUAUAUAUGUAGUAUGUAGAUUUCUACUAUGUUGUGUAUAUUUCAAUAUCUGUAGUAUUAUGUGAAGAAGAUAUUCGAUCAUCUCAUACAGUCAUUGUUAUGUUAAUUGCUUCUGCAUCAAGAUUACAAAAAAACUUCAUAUUUCCUAAUUUGAAAGAAAACUUGUAUGAUUGCUGGUUAUGUAACAAGAGAUCAUAAUAUUUAAUGCUUUCAUGAGAAAUAGGACCUGGGACCUCGAACUUACUGGACUAGGCUAAUGCUCUAUAGAAGAGGGAGAAGAGAAAUCUUCCCAAACUGAGUUGGUAGGAGUCCGACUGUAUUCUUCAUUGUUUACAGAUUUUUCCAUCUCAGGUCUCCUGCUGUUGCAUAGUGUUGCCAUACCAACAAACAUCAGUGUUCUAACAGCGUUGAUUGUAGUUAAAUUGACAAAGAAUGAAUGUUUUUUUUUUCAAUAUGACACAAGAUAAAAGUUGGUACAAACAAAUUAUACUGCAUCAACAGUGUUUUAUUGCUUAGAAUCUGUAGAAAUGGAGUAUGAUCUGUAAUAUUAUUGUUCUUGUUUUCUAGAAUAUAUAGCUUUACUGUUUUAUGAAUUAUCUUGUUUUAAGUGGAAUUGUGUUUUGAGAAGUGUGUUAUAUACAAAUAUAAUGGAAUGACAUGUUGACUAGUACAGCUCAAUUAAAAGUGAUGUAAGCUAAAUACUAACAUAGUAAAUGACACUUGUAGUUUUCCAAAACUAGAAAUGAUGGUGGAAAGGAAUUCUAGUAUAGAGCUUUAAAUCUUCAAGAAGCAAAAAACAGAUUUUUAAAAACCAGUCACUAUGUAUAUAAUUAUUCAGAUAUAUUUUUAUGUUUCAACAGGUAAAAGAAUAGAACUUACCUGAGGUCAAAAAUAGAGUUUUUUACUUCUGAAUUUUAACUUUUCAUAUUUUUAAUGCAUCAAGCUGCGGCUGUCAGGAGUAAAACCUUUGUUCAUUUCAGGACGUGUUUUCAUUGAUCAGUGUUUGUUUUGUUACUUUUUAGAAUGGUUUUAUUUGUGAAUUCAAUGUCAGAUUAACAAUAAUCAGGUCAUCACUUUAUCAUUAAUUAUGUGUUAUUAUUUAUGGUUCAAUAACUUACAACAUGGGAUAUACAUUGUUGAGCUUGUGUGUUUAGUGGAGAGAAGUAAGCAAUGAUGAGAGGUCAAGUCAGUGUGAUACCUGUACAUUUGGUUAAUAAUACAAAUGAAAUUAUUUUGAGUGAAUAAAAACCAAACAAAAGCUCA